CGUGCGACAAGAUUCCUUGCUUCCGCUAUUUGCUCUGUUUACAUGCAUGCUACAGCUAAGUUUUUGGUGAGGAUGGCGACCCAAAAACCUGUCAACGUCAGUGCUGUGCCUAUCGAUGGUUUCAGCAAUUUAAGAAUUACAUCAAUAUGGACUUUUCUCAUGUCUGUGCAGUGGUCAGAGCCGUGGCUUAUUGCCGGUUUAGUGUUUCACAUUGUGUGUCUGUCCUUGACUGUGUUGACGUGCAAGUAUUACAGAGCUCAGAUCUGCCACUUCCUCCUCAUAGUUGGCUUGGUAUACAGUGCAGAAUAUUUAAAUGAGCUAGCAGCCAUGAACUGGAGGUCUUUUUCCCAAUUCCAGUACUUUGAUUCUAAAGGCAUGUUCAUAUCACUCGUCUUCUCCAUUCCGCUUCUCUUCAACGCCAUUAUUAUUGUGACGGUGUGGUUGUACAAGACCUUCUCCACCAUGGCUGAGCUGAAGACGCUGCAACUCAAGCAGAAGGCGCGGCGACAAGACAGAACAAAGACUGACUGACUGAUGUGUUUGUGUCGGGUUUCACUGGCAGGAAUUAUUAAAAUGCAAAACCUUUGCUAAUCGCUUGAUUUUUGGUGAAAAAAGUGUUAAAAGUCCCUAAUGACUGGUUGUCUUUCUACAGCAAGCAUUGAAAAGGUGGUGACAAUAUAGCAAAAGGUCCAAUUGUUUUGUAUUUAAAAGUUAUUUUAUAUUGUUUACUUGUAACAAUAAAGCAUUUUGGGAGAGGUGUGUAUUACUAGCAUUGAUUCUUGGUCUCCAGCCCACAACAAGCAAAAACCUUGACUCCAAAGUCAAAUUAUGUUAGCAUCCACAGCAUUAUACCACAGUGUCAAAUUAUGUUAGACUCAACAGC